AUGGCGCACUUCCUUCGUGGCAAGCAGGCCGGCAUUCAGAAUGACCUCUCUCUCGGUGUUACCCCAGAAUCAUUUAUGCUAGACGACUUUGCCCGCUAUGGUAUCAACUCGCAGAUCUCUGUGCUCGCCUAUGACCCUAUCCAGUCCCUCCUCGCUGUCGGCACCAACGAAUCCCAGUUCGGUCCUGGCGUCGUCUAUGUCUUUGGACAGAAGCGAGUCUGCGUAACCUUCACUCCUCCUCGACCCUCGUCCAUUCGAGCCAUACAAUUCUGCGCCGACAAGCUCCUUGUGCUCGACAGCAAGAACGAUGUCAGUGUCUUCAGCCUUGACAGCAAGCAUAUGCUGGCCAACUAUUCCCCUCCCGGUCAGGUCGUAGCCAUCCUCUCAGAUCCAAGUCUCGACUACUGCUUUUCUGGAUUGCAAAACGGGGAAAUCGUGGCGUUUGACUUGGAUCGAGAGAAUCAAACGCCCUUCAAAAUCCCCAACUUGUGGCGUGAGCGGAAUCCCAGAGCACGAAUUCUACCCAUCGUGUCGAUGCAUUUCCAUCCCAAGGACAUAGGGACGUUGCUUAUCGGGUACUCCGAGGGCGCUGUCAUUUACUCCUUCAAACAAAACAAGGCAACCAAGUUCUUCCACUACGAACUUCCACCAGGAGCUCGGGGCGGAGAUGGAGAUCCGACAAACGCCAACUCCGUACGGCAUCCGCGAUUGACACAUGCUCUCUGGCAUCCAACUGGCACUUUCGUGUUGACGGCUCAUGACGACUCGAGUUUGGUAUUCUGGGAUCCUCGGGAUGGCAGACUUGUCCACGCGAGGACAAUCGAAGAUACGGAUGUCAACGUGCCUGGAGCUGGACCGCCAAGGGAUGGCCCUCGAACCCCUCUCAGCCCUGUGAGUCCAGGGUUUGGUACCGUGAAAGAGCCGUACUUCAGCAUUUCCUGGUGCUCGAAAGCUAAUCCUGAUGAUACUGGCUUGCUUCUAGCGGGCGGCGCACCAACGACCAACCCCACAAGAGGACUGACUUUUAUCGAACUGGGUCCAACACCGAACUACCAAACCUCAACGUGGGAUUACCUUGCAAAUCAUUUUCGCCAUCCAAAACGCACACAUGUCCUUCGAACGCCGCCUAACGCCGCGAUUAACAUGUUUCUCCUGAUCCCUCGCACGACUUUUCAUUUUGCCGGCUCUCAUGAUCCGAUAGCAGUCAUGACCGUUCUGUCAUCCGGUGAAGUAAUCACCUUGAGCUUUCCGUCUGGACAUCCCAUUACACCCAGCAACCAACUGCAUGUCUCGUUAUCUUUUGUACAUCCAUUUAUAACUAAAACAGCACUGGCAUUCGUCGACCGGACUAGAUGGCUGGGGAUGCGCGAAGUUCGUCAGCACGGUCCGCAUUUCUUGAUCGGUGGCGCUGAAGGCAUCAAGCCCCUGAAGAGACAUGAAAACAGAAAUAUCGUCCAAGCAGCCCAUGCCGAUGGAACCAUCCGAAUAUGGGAUGCCGGACAUGGCGACGUCAUUGAAAAUCCCAAUGUCCUCCAAGUUGAUCUCGGAAAAGCAGUGGGCCGGUGGGAUAAACUAGACGUGUCCCACAUGAGCAUGUCUGGUGCGACGGGAGAGCUUUCGGUAGGGUUGAAAUCUGGCGAACUCGUCGUUUUUCGACUUAAUCGCAAUCAAUUCCACGGCCACCCUCCGUCCGAUCCUGGCCCUAAUGAAGGACCCGGGAAGAUGCAAGAUAUCAGCAGACGAGCAGAUCCAGGCUUGAAGGAAGGUCUCUUACCUUUGACAAUGACCAAUGACCAACAAGGUGCCGUCACCGCUCUGCGACAUUGUGAUGUCGGAUUUGUUGCCGCCGGUUAUGCUGGAGGUGGGGUGACCAUCGUUGAUCUACGUGGUCCAGCUAUCAUCCACACGUCUCUACUCAACGAAAUGGUUGGCGGUAAACAUCGGAGAGGGAGUAUCCGACGAGCUGCACCGGCCACUCAAUCAACAGAAUAUGCAACGGCGAUGGAAUUCGGUAUCUUAACCCUUGAUGGUGACGACUAUUCCUCACUUGCCUUGUUUGUCGGCACAUCUCGAGGUCGUGUCGCGACGUUCAAAAUUCUCCCCUCUCAGUCCGGACGGUAUUCGGCACAGGCGACAGGAGUGGCACAAUUAUCAGAUGACCGAGUCAUCUCCUUGUGCCCGAUUGAUGCUCACACGGGCGCCCCCGCAGCUGCAACAGGAUAUGCAAUGGGAGGAUUACAGUCCGGCCGGAAAGUGGACGGCGCCCUGGUGGCCGUCACGGUGUCGUCCGCGCACAUCUUUCGUCCAGCAUCUGCAAAAGGGGCCUCCAAAACUUUCGACCACUACCUGUGCGAUUCGGCCACCGUAGCUCGCUACGAAGAACGCGGUUAUGCUCUCGUUGGCUUAUUCGGCGAUGGUGCCGCCCGAGCAUUCUCAAUUCCAGCCCUGAAAGAGAUCGCAAGCAUACGCGUAAAUCAUCUCCUCGAUACCAAACGCUUCGGCGACGCCAUCGUGUCUCCCACAGGAGAUAUUCUGGGCUGGGCAGGCCCCAGCGAACUAGCCAUGGUUAAUGUCUUUGGCUGUGGUACGUCCCUCCCACCCAGCACCGAUCGUCUCUAUGACGCCGCCAAACUGGUCCCCCCUCGACCUACAAUCAGCAACCUACAAUGGAUUGCCGGGACACAGUACAUCACUCCUUCGGAUAUGGACAUCCUGAUUGGCGGGCCCGACCGACCACCUUCUAAGCGAAUGUUGGCGGAAAUGCGGGCCGCGCAAGAGGCAGAGUUUCAACGGCAACGCGAAGCAGCACGCACGGGACGUGCAGCCAAGCCGGAUCAGUCUCAGGAGACGUACUGGGCAUAUAUGCAGCGGCAGCUUCAGGAGCGAACGGAGAAUUUGGGAUUGGCGGGUGACAGCCUCGACAGAGCAGCGGAAUCCAGUAGCUCGUGGAGUGACGGCGUAGACAAGUUCGUGGCGAAGCAGAAGAGAGCGGCAGCCCUGGGGUUUAUUGGGUCGAAGCUUGGGUUCUAA